AUGUGUAGACGUCUGCAGAUUCCAGAGCUGGGCAUUAUGGAUUGGGGUGAGAGCGAUAAUGAGGGCAACACUUCUCCCAAAGGGCCGAGCGGUCGCAUCCCGAACGCCCUGCGUCUGUUCUCUAAGGGAUAUCGUGCUUUCAAGAGCAACGUGAGAGGGACGACAUAUUUGGAAAACGUGGACUCCUGGGACUGGUUAUCUAACCAGACAGAUGUUGGCGAGGUGCAGAGCAGGACUAAACGCAGACCCAUAGUGAAGACGGGGAAAUUCAAGAAGAUGUUCGGUUGGGGUGAUUUCAACUCCAACAUCAAGACGGUAAAGCUGAACCUUCUAAUUACAGGGAAAAUAGUGGAUCAUGGAAACGGGACGUUCAGCGUAUAUUUCCGCCACAAUUCCACCGGUUUGGGAAACGUUUCAGUAAGUCUGGUCCCUCCGUCGAAAGUUGUGGAGUUUGAAAUGGCUCAGCAGAGCACGCUGGAGACCAAGGACACGAAAGCCUUCAACUGUCGAGUUGAGUACGAGAAGUCGGACCGGAAUAAGAAAUCGUCGGUUUGCAGCGAUGACCAUUCGAAAAUAUGUUACCAGGAACACACACAGAGCCACGUCUCAUGGCUGUGCUCCAAACCCUUCAAAGUCAUAUGCAUCUAUAUCGCUUUCUACAGCAUCGACUACAAACUGGUGCAGAAAAUCUGUCCUGAUUAUAAUUACCACAGCGAUACGCCGUAUUUCUCACAGGGAUGA